UUGAAUUGGGCUUGUCCGUUUUUUAGCAUCCAACCCAACUAUUUCUCCAAACUCUUGAGCAUAAACCCUAGCCACGAAUCCCAAUUCUCUCAAUUUUCAAAAGGGGUGUUACAAAACAGAAUCAUUGUUACCUCCAUUUACGAUCAAUACAAAAUACUCAACCGGAAUCAAAUUUUUUGAAUUAAACUCAUACACCAAGAAAUUAGAUUUCCUAGCAAUGGGAAAGAGAGGAAAGAGCUUCAAGAAAGACAAGAGAAACCCUAAGAGAAGACAUCGAGACGACGAUGCUGUUGAAGCUGAAAACGUCGAUGACGAAAUUGAUGUUUUUCAUAAGCAAAGGGAUGUUGUUCCAUUGGAUAUGAAUGGGGAUGUUGGAGAUUCAGAUGAAGAUUAUGAACAUCCUGUUUUUGAUCUUCAGGAUAUCGACGAUGACGAGGAGGAGGAUGAGGAGGGAGAUGAUGAUGAUAUUGAUGAUGCCCAAGUUUCUAAGUUUGCUGCAAAAAUUGCAAGGCAACAUAAACUUUUGAGAGCAAAGUUUGGUGGAGUUGAGGAUGAAAUGCAUGGUGAAGAAGAUGAUGAUGAGGAUGAGAAAGAAGAAAUGGCUCCAUGGGGUGGAAUAAAGAGCAGAUAUUAUGGUGGUGAUAAUCGUGAUUUUGAGUUGCACUCAAGUGAUGAUGAGGCUCCUAUGGAAGAGGAGGAUGAGGUGAAAGAAAUACUGAAGGAAAGAGCAAAAAAUUUAUCAAUUGAAGACUUUGGCUUUGAAGAUGCUAGUGAAGAUGAGACUAAUAGAGAAUUGACCUUAGAGAAAAUUUCAGCCAAAGGAAAAGGUGGAAAAUUAUCCCUAGAUAGUGAAGAAGCUGUGGAUGACCUGGCUACAUUUGAGAAGGUCAAGAAGGAUUUGAAUGCUUUGUCAAAGGAAGAGCAGAUGGAUGUGGUGCACAGUUCUGCACCAGAAUUAAUUGGCUUAUUGUCAGAGCUGAAUGCUGCACUUGAAGAGCUUGAAAGCAAAGUUAAUCCAGUUUUAAGGAAGGCUAAAGAAGGGAAGAUCUUUCUGGAAGGUGGGAUGCGCUAUUUGGAAGUGAAACAAAUCCUUCUGCUGGCCUAUUGUCAAGCAAUAACCUUUUAUCUUCUUCUCAAGUCUGAAGGGCAGCCUGUUCGUGAUCAUCCUGUCUUAGGUCGUAUUGUGGAGAUUCAAGGCUUACUUGAUAAGGUGAAACAACUUGAUGGAAAUCUUCCUUCUGAAUGGGAGGAGAUUCUGAAGAAUAAAGGGUUUGAAAUGGGACAAAACUUGGUUAAAGAGAAUGCUGAACUGGUAUCUGACUCUGGCACGAAGGGUCAUGGUCCAUCACUAGUAAGGGAUGUACAAGUGGCAGAGCCUGAAGGCACACCUAACUUGCUAAAAUUGGACUCUGCAAGUAACCAGAACAACAAGGGAGUGAAACUUAAACGUGAGAAUGAUCAAGUUGGUGUGCAGAGCAGGGAAAUGUUAAAAGUUAGAGCAGCUCUUGAGGAAAAAUUGAAGCAGAAGGGAAUUUUUAGUUCAAACAUCCAAAAGCCUGAUAAAACCAAGAAACAUGUGAAACUAGUGAAUAGACAGCUUGAAACGUAUGAUGAUUUUGCUGAUGAUGUUAUUGAUGCUGAAGGAGGUGCUCGUGGAUUAAGUAAUGGGCAUGCAAUCUCACAGCAUUCUAAUAAAAUUACCCAACUUAUUACUGCUAAACAGAAUAAGUCCAAGGUUGUAUCUGGUGAUGAUGAUUUACCUAAGAGAGAUGAUAUUGGAGAAAGGCGGAGGAAACAUGAGCUCAGAGUACUGGCAGGAGCAGCAGUUAAAUCUGAGGAUGACCAUGGAGGUGAAUACGAUACUUUUGAGGAUGAUGGAGGUAUUUCUGUGAAGGAGGAGAAUGGUGAUACAGAAGAUACAGAAGACACAGAAGAUUCAGAAGAUGAAUUUUAUAAACAAGUGAAGCAACAAAGGGCAGCAAAACUUGCUGCAAAGGCUGAGAUAUAUACAAGGACCUCUGCUCCCCCAACGUUACCUGAAACUGUAGAUGGAAAACGGCAGAUAACUCAUCAGAUAGAGAAGAAUAGAGGUUUGACUCGUCAACGGAAUAAAAACACCAAAAACCCAAGGAAGAAAUACAGGUUGCAAAGCAAGAAACGAGAGAAACAACGUAAAGGUCAGGUGCGGGAUAUUAGGAAACCAGCUGGUCAAUAUGGAGGAGAAACUUCUGGAAUCAAUAUAGGAAUCAGUAGGAGCAUCAGAUUCAAGAGUUGAAUCCUGUAUCAUCCAUCCUGAGCCUGUUGGACUUGUAUCAUGUAUCUUUGAAAUUGUUUUUAGAUUUUUACAUAAUCAUGUAUUUAUUUUUUUCAAGAUGAAACACGAAAGAGCAUCAAGAAGCUGACUAGUAUAGUUCCAAUUUGAGUCAUGUCAUUUAUUAUAGAAUUUUCUUCAGCAUUUUGAUCUUAGUUUAAUGUGUCCUAUCGUAUUCACAAUUAGUAAUUGAUUACUUUUUACAAUUAUUCUUCAAUUCUAUGAAAAAUUAUUGGUUUACGUGUGCCAGAUUCAAAAUUGGGGUUACAAAUCAACUUUUAUUAAGGGUUAAUUAUAAUAUGGAGUCAAUAUAAACCCGUUUAUGUACAAAUAUAAGUUUAAUAGAUUUAAAUUUUCUAUUUUUCUUAGUUAGAGAAGGGAUGUUAUCAUGUGUUCCAUUUAAAUUUGGCAAUUUAUUUAUAUAUGCUGUGUUUUAUUUUGAGUCAAAUA